AUGGGGUUGUUCCAGGAUCAGCCGCUAGACUGGAGCUUCUCCUCACUGCAGCGGGGAAAUGUCUCUGACAGGAGAGUCAACCACACCUACAGCUUCUACAGGAAUCUCAUGCUGACCUCCACCUUCAGCCCUCCCACUUCCUCCUCCUUCGACCUGUACUACUCUCUCCUCUCUGCCACAUCUUCAUCCUUUCAACAAACAUCUUACCCACCUUCCUCCUCUUUCUUCUCCCCAUCUCCGUCCACUCUGUGGUCUAAUGACUUGGCGGACUUGGAGCGCAUGUUGCUCUGGACCCUCCACGAGCCCAGCACCAUCAUGCUGACCAUCAUGUACUGUCUCUCCUUCAUUUUGGGUUUCAUUGGGAACCUCAUGUCCUUGUAUGUCCUCACCAACAGGCGCAGCCGGCGGUUGGCCGGUGUUAGCGCCACGCGCACUCUCCUGGUGAACCUGGCGGUGUGUGACCUGGCUGUUGUUUGUGUGUGUAUGCCCAUCACCCUGGGAAGCAAGAUCUACACCGCCUGGGUCUACGGUGACCUCCUGUGUCGCGCAGUGCCCUUCACGCAGGCCGUGUCGGUCUCAGCCAGCGUGCUAACACUAACGGUGAUCAGCGUAAACCGCUUCUACAGCGUUCGAGCUCCACUGCGAGCUCGCUCCAUGUUUACCCGCAGUCGGAUCUUGGCGACAGUUGCUAUGGUGUGGACAGUGUCGUCGGUGAUGUGCGCUCCAUUAGCGGUGAUGAACCGGCUGCGGAAGAUCAGCCUUGGAACGUUCGCCAUCUUGGUCUGUCAAGAAGAGUGGCCUGAGCCUCGCCUCAAACAGGGAUACAGUGUGCUGCUGUUUGUGAUGCUCUACUGCCUGCCGGUGACCUUUAACCUUACCAUAGGCUUCUUGACUGGCAGGCAGCUUUGGGAAGGAAAGAAAUCCACCUUCUCUGAUCUUGACCCUCGUAGCCAAGCUCUGCACGCCUCGCGUCUUAAGACCCGUCAGAAGAUCGCUAAGAUGGUGGUGUGUCUCGUGCUGCUGUUUGCAGUGUCCUGGCUGCCCCUCUACAUGGCUGACCUUUGGAUUGACUGCAAGGAAAGGCCGCCGUCGUGGCUUUUGCAGACACGGCCAUUUGUCCAGUGGCUGGGCCUGACCAACUCCAGCCUAAAUCCCAUCUGUUACUGCUUUAUUGGGGAUCUGUACCGCUCGGCUAAAGUCAUACGGACACGCUACUACCAGAAAGUGGCAUCUCUCUUCGGUACGUCUUCAUAUACCCACUCAGCCGCAGUGUCUUCUCCUGCCACAGUGGUUACAGACGCAAAAGCGGCUACGUCUGACUGCCGUAUUGUCACUGCUGCAGCCGUGGCAGCGUCUGCAUCCAUGGUUACCAUUCCCAGGCUGCUGAGCUUGGCUCGAGUUCAAGGUCUGGGGCAGAAGGUUAGGGACAGUAGCGAGAUCAGAGGAGGUUCAGAACACAGUAUUUCAGACUGGUUUCGGUCCAGUCCCAGUGUGUACGAUGGCGCCUUGUUCCACACACUCCAGCAGCCCGUAAACCAUGCUGACAUCACACUGACAAGAAGGCACUCUGUGAAUGAGCACACUGGAUUAUUACCGUUAAUGAACGACUCUGUAAAAAUGGACCUGCUGCCUUUGAGGAGGGAUUCAGGGGAUAAAUGCGGUCCAUCAACCAAAAAAGACAUCAUGAGCAUGGGUAGAGACAACUUCUGCUACCUUGAGGUGUAUCGUAGCAAACAAUCAAAGGUCUACUCUGUGAUGGGAGAUGCUAUGGAUGAAACGAUGACCACUCUGUGAAUCCUGCAUGAACGGGGAAGAAGAUGCUCCUGAUUGUGCAGGCAGUUCCAACAAAUACAGCAGCACCUGAUUCACACUUCACACUCGACAGCGUGGAUUAAUCCCACGCCAAAGCCGUUGUUUGUCUUGAGGAUUAACUGACUGGACUACACUCCUCCUCCUGUGUCUGUGGAGUAUUCCAUCUGCAUCAGGUCCUCCGCUCAAUAAUGAUAUGAUAAUAAUGAUAAUCUUUGGAGGUUGUGCGAGCGGAGCUGUGAAUGAGUGAGGCGUACAGAGGUGGAACGUCGAGUAGCCUCGGGCUAAAAACAACAAUUAUCAGAAGGAAGGAUGGAUGUAUUGUGCCAUGGUGGGCAAGUCGCUGUCAUAAACAAUUCAUCUGCUUCUUGCAGUCAUGUCUGACAUCUGUUUGAAGCAAUAAUCAAACAGGGGGAAAAGUGCAAUGAAGUUUCUGCUUGAAUCACAUUCUAUUCAUUUUUAGUUAUUUUUCUAAUGGUUACCUGUCACCUAAGGAGACAACUAGAUGUCUUUGGCACCAGGUUUCUUCAGCGGAUCCUCGGGUGCCACUGGAAUGACUGUCAAACAAGCACUUACUUGUGGAGAGUAAGAGAGGGAACAGCAGCUGUGACAACAGUGUCUCAGUGCUGAGGACCACAGUGCCUGGAGAAGGUCAAGGGAUCUCCCACGUUCCACCUGGCUGCAGCAAAUAGAUUUGUACUUUAAGACGUGGGCAUGAACAAGUUGUCUGCCUGGGCGGUUGCCAUCCAAGACCCCAGGCAGUUCUGUAGUGUGGUGUAUGCAGUGAUUAUAAUGUCCCCAACAAUGGCGCUCAUGCAUGAACAGCUUCAUAAACUUUGAUAUAACACAGUACUAAAAUACCCUCGGCCGUAUGAGCAUAAAAAUAGGAAACAGAAUGUGACCUUUUGACUUCUUAAAAUAGGUCAAGGUUAGCCAUCUUUGAACUUGCCCAAGGUUUGUG